AUGGCCCGUAUCGCGAGCUGGGCACUUGCUGCUGCCGCUGUGGCCGCAGGUCUCGCCGCUCCGGCGGCUGCGAGCGAACAGGGUCUCAAGGACAUCAAGCACAUCGUUCUGUUCAUGCAAGAGAACCGCGCGUUCGACCACUACUUUGGUACGAUGGCGGGUGUGCGUGGCUUCCAGGACCCUAAUGCGCACGUCUCGAAGAACACGGGCAAGGACGUGUUCCACCAGCCUGCAGACCAGACCAUGAAGAAGAACAAGCCCCCGAAGAACGUGACUGAGCUUCUUCCUUGGUAUCUCAACUGGCAGGGUGGUGACUGGUACGACAAGACCCAGUGCAUGCUUGCCGGCACAAAUGCUUGGCAGCAGAACCACGAGGCGUGGAACAAGGGCGAGAUCGACCAGUGGGUGAUCGCCAACACGCCCUACUCAAUCGGCUACUACCGCCGCUCGGACCUCCCCAUUCAUUUUGGCCUCGCAGGCAACUUUACGGUUGCCGACUCGUACUAUGAGUCGGUGAUUGCGUCGACGGAUCCCAACCGUGUUUCGUGGUUCUCGGGCACGAUCAACAUCAACGGUAGCAACACUGGCGGCAAGCCGUGGGAGAACGGUGGUGCUGUCAUGGACAACAACCGUGACCCCACCUGUCUGAACGCUGACGACGGCAGCCCUUUCUCUUGCCGCCCCCUGACGUGGAAGACGAUCCCAGAAUACCUGCUCGAGGCCGACAUCUCGUUCCAGGUGUACCAGGACUUUGACAACUUUGGCGACAACACGCUGGUGGAGUGGACACAAUACCAGGAGGCUGCUGCGAAGAAGGAGAAGCUGGCGAAGCAGGCGGUGGCGUACCCUGGCCUGGACAAGUUCUACAAGGAUGCCAAGGAGGGCAACCUCCCCGAGGUUUCGUACAUUGUUGCGCCCGAAUACCUGUCGGAGCACCCUCCCUACACGCCCAGGGACGGUGCCUGGAUCCAGCGCAAGGUUGCCGAGGCGGUCAUGAACGGCAAGGGCUGGAACAACACUGCUCUGCUUUACUCGUACGAUGAGACGGGUGGCUGGGCUGACCACGUCAUGUCGCCUCACCCGCCCAAGGACUCGCCGGGCGAGUGGGUUGUCGACCCGUACAACAAGACUCUCGGUGUUGUUCCCACCGGUCCCGGCUUCCGUCUGCCGUUCUACAUCGUCUCGCCUUGGACUCGUAACGGUGGUGUGUUCACGGAACACUCGUCGCACGAGAGCCAGAUCCUCUUCCUGGAAGAGUGGUCGAAGGCCGUCGGCAAGCCGUUCCACUCGAAGGAAAUCAACGAAUGGCGCCGCAAGCACAUGAGCAACCUUGUCAAGGCCUUCGACUUCUCGAGUCCGAACACGGACAAGGUCAAACUCGAGGAGGUUGACACUGCCUCCAAGGACCCUAUUACUGGCCAAUACAACGGUGCCUUUGUGUGUCAGUUGCGUUUCCGCGAGAAGGUCCAGCCUACGGUGCCAUACGGCAAGCAGAAUGAGAAGGAGGCGCUCCGUGUCGAGCCGGGCUACAAGCCCACGCGUGGUGAUCUCAGCGAGGGUCGCUACCUCUCGUUCGAGGCCAACGGUCACGCCCUGAGCACUUCGGGCUCGAAGCUCGGUUCGAGCAAGGCCAAGAAAGAACACAACGGCGAUGACCAGCUCUUUGUGAUCCACUGGCAGGGCAAGGACCCCCGUGACAACCGUUUCCGCAUCUCGUCUUCUGACAAGAAGCGCUACAUCACUUCGAAGCUCAAGUUCACCUCGAAAGCGAACAAGGCUGCUGAAUUUGCUCUGGCGGACCAGGGUAAUGGCAAGGGCUACACAAUUACGGAGACGAAAUCGAACAAGAAGGUUUCGCUCUCCGACGAUGGCUCUGUUUCAUUCGGGAACAACGCGCACUUUACGAUCUACAGUAUUACGAAGUAG